AUGGGGAUCCGAGAGUUUCCCGGCGGCGCACCCAGGGGCAAAAGCAUCGCCGUUGGCAUGAGGAGGUCACCGGACGUCAGCCCCCGGAGACUGUCCGACAUCAGCCCCCAGCUCCGGCAGCUCAAGUACCUGGUGGUGGACGAGGCUAUUAAGGAGGAUCUGAAAUGGUCGCGCUCAGUGGAGGAUCUCACCAGCGGGCCCGUGGGGCUCACGUCCAUCGAGGAGCGGAUCCUGCGCAUCACCGGCUACUACGGCUACCAGCCCUGGGCAGCGAGCUACAGAAGGGAGGAGCGCCCCCGGGACUCCCCGGGCCCGGCGGAGGCCCCGGCGCCGGCUGGGGCGGAGGCCGGCGGCAGAACGAGCCACCAUUGCUGGAGAUGCUCCCGGGCGCAGCUCAAGAAGAUGUUCUGGGGCGUGGCGGUGGUGCUGUGUGUGUGCUCCUCCUGGGCAGGCUCCACACAGCUCGCCAAGCUGACCUUCAGGAAGUUCGAUGCUCCUUUCACCCUGACGUGGUUUGCCACCAACUGGAACUUUCUGUUCUUCCCCUUGUACUACGUGGGGCACGUCUGCAAGUCGGAGGAGAAGCAGUCUGUGAGGCAGAGAUACAGGGAGUGCUGUCGAUUUUUUGGAGACAAUGGCUUGACUUUGAAGGUGUUUUUUACCAAGGCAGCACCCUUUGGUGUUCUUUGGACACUCACAAACUACCUGUACUUACAUGCAAUAAAGAAAGUAAACACUACGGAUGUCUCCGUGUUGUUCUGCUGCAACAAAGCUUUUGUGUUCUUGCUCUCAUGGAUCGUUCUCAGGGACAGGUUCAUGGGAGUGAGGAUUGUGGCCGCCAUUCUCGCCAUUGCUGGGAUCGUGAUGAUGACCUAUGCCGAUGGCUUCCACAGCCACUCUGUCAUCGGCAUAGCGCUGGUGGUGGGCUCUGCGUCCAUGUCUGCCCUUUACAAGGUUCUGUUCAAGCUCCUCCUGGGCAGUGCUAAGUUCGGAGAAGCCGCCUUAUUUUUGUCCAUUUUGGGUGUGUUUAACAUCCUCUUCAUCACCUGUAUUCCCGUCAUCCUCUACUUUACCAAAGUGGAAUACUGGAGCUCUUUCGAUGACAUUCCAUGGGGAAACCUUUGUGGAUUUUCAGUCCUCUUAUUGACAUUCAAUAUUGUAUUAAAUUUUGGAAUCGCCGUUACGUAUCCCACUCUGAUGUCUGUUGGAAUCGUCCUCAGUGUACCUGUGAAUGCAGUGGUUGAUCACUACACCAGUAAGAUAGUCUUCAACGGGGUCCGGGUCAUCGCCAUCAUCAUCAUCGGCCUGGGCUUCCUCCUCCUGCUCUUGCCGGAGGAGUGGGACGUCUGGUUGAUCAAGCUGCUCACCCGCCUCAAAGUCAGGAAGAAGGAGGAGACGGCGGAGGGCGGUGCAGACCUGGGUUCGGGACCUCAGAGCAAGAACAGAAGAGCCCGCCCUUCCUUCGCGCGCUGA